AUGGAGCCAGUAGCAAUCUGGACCCCCGGGAAGGUGGCAGCUUGGCUGAGAGGCCUUGAUGAUUCCCUGCAGGACUAUCCCUUUGAGGACUGGGAGCUGCCUGGCAAGUACCUGCUCCAGCUCUGCCCCCGAAGCCUUGAGGCUCUGACCGUGUGGCCUCUGGGUCACCAGGAGCUCAUCCUGGAUGGAGUGGAACAGCUCCAGGCCCUGAGCUCUGGACUACAGAUAGAGAACCUGCAGAGCCUGACAGAGAGGCUGCUGGCGGGGACCCACACCUUCCAGAGCUUAGCCCAAGGCCACCUGGGGGCCUGUGCUGAGACCCCUGCCGAUAUCCUCAGUGCAGCUGUGGAGCUGGUGCAUGAGGCCCGUGCCCUCCUCUUCUGGCUCAACAGAUACCUCUUCUCCCACUUAAACGACUUCUCGGCCUGUCAGGAGAUUGGAGAGUUGUGCAGGGAGCUGGGCCAAGUCUUGCAGGAGGAUUGCCCAGCAGCUGAGAAGGAGAGCCGAGUCCUGAGAAUUUGCAGCCACGUGGCCGGGGUCUGCCACAACAUCCUGGACUGCAGCCCUGAGGAGCUGCUGGAGCAGAGGGCUGUGCUAGAGCGGGUACAGCUGGACAAUCCUUUGGGCCUGGAAAUCCACACCACCAGCAAUUGUCUUCAUUUUGUGUCUCAAGUGGGCCCCCAGGUCCCCACCAACUCCCGACUGCAGAUCCUGCCUGGAGACGAAAUUGUCCAAAUCAACGAUCAGGUGGUGGUGGGCUGGCCCCAUAAGAACGUGGUGAGGGAGCUGCUGCGGGAGCCAGCUGGGGCCAGCCUAGUGCUGAAGAAGGUCCCAGUGCCUGAGACCCCCCCACAGACUCCUCCUCAGGUCCUGGACUCCCCACACUUCAGGAUCCAGUCACUGGCUCCCACUCCACUGGCUCCCAGGUCCCUAUCUGAGGAAGUCUUUGCCUUUGACCUGACUUCAACCCCAAGCCCUGGGCCCAGGCCUACCUGGGCAGACUCUGCCUCCCUUGACUCUGAGCCUGUGCUCAUCUCCCCUGUACCCCAAGCCACACUUCCAGCAGGGACACCAGAGACGCUAGAGCCCCCAGGAUACCCAGACCAGAGUCCUAUUCCUGGUCGGAGGAAAUCAAAAGGCGUGGCGACGCGGCUGAGCCGCCGGCGGGUGUCAUGCCGGGAGCUGGGCCAGCCCGACUGCGAUGGCUGGCUGCUGCUACGCAAGGUGCCCAGUGGGUUCAUGGGCCCACGCUGGCGCCGCUGCUGGUUUGUACUCAAGGGACACACACUCUACUGGUACCGCCAGCCCCAGGAUGAGAAGGCUGAAGGCCUCAUCAAUGUCUCCAACUACAGCCUGGAAAGUGGACAGGAUCAGAAGAAAAAAUAUGUGUUCCAGCUCACCCACGUUGUGUAUAAACCGUUCAUCUUUGCUGCUGACACCCUGGAGGAUCUGAGCAUGUGGGUGCGCCAUCUUAUCACCUGCAUUUCCAAGUACCAGUCUCCAGGGCGCACUCCCCCGUCGCGAGAGGAAGACUGCUACAGUGAGACAGAAGCAGAAGACCCCGAUGAUGAGGCUGGGUCCCGCUCAGCCUCGCCCAGCCCCGCCCAAGCCUGGAGUCCCCUCCGUGGAGACACGUCCCCUGCAGCCACCCCCACGCAGGGCAGCCCACGAACUUCCUUUGGCUCUCCAGCAGACAGUGGUGAAGGGGCGCUGGAAAGAAUGGUACGGGGGCUGAGGCAGGGUGGCGUGUCCCUUUUGGGCAAGCCACAACCCCUCACCCAUGAGCAAUGGCGGAGCUCCUUCAUGCGGCGUAACCGAGAACCUCAGCUCAAUGAGCAAGUGCACCGAGUGCGGGUGUUACAGAGCACACUCAAGGCAAAGCUGCAGGAACUCCAAGUCCUGGAGGAAGUACUUGGUGACCCAGAGCUGACUGGAGAGAAAUUCCGACGGUGGAAGGAACAGAACCAGGAGCUGUACUCAGAAAGCCUGGGGACCUGGGGAGUGGUGCAGGCUGAGGGCAGCCCUCAGGUCCCCACCUCUGACUCUAGAGAACAGUCCUUCAAUGUCCUGACCUCUGACCCAGGGGAACAUUCUCAUCUCUGCCCUCUGUCCCCAGAGAGCAGCCUCCUGACCUCUGACCUUGAGGACCACCUCAACCCCUAG